AAAGAGCUGGAAACUGCAACCUAGGCGGAAUUAGGGAAAAUCAAAUGGAAGCGACGUCGUUGUAACCAAAUAUCGAAAAGUUAAGAGACUAUGCUACAUAUAGACUCAUUUUAGCGAAUGCGCAUUUGAAGCUGGAGGGGGAAUGGAGAAAGGGGCGGCGGCUGCGGAGGUGCCGGUGCCAAGAGUGGCGGUGGUGGUGUUCUUGUUGAAGGGGAAAGCGGUUCUUUUGGGGCGGCGGCGCUCCUCCGUCGGUGACUCCACUUUUGCUCUCCCAGGCGGCCACCUCGAGUUUGGGGAGAGCUUUGAGGAAUGUGCUGCCAGAGAAUUGAUCGAAGAAACUGGAUUGGACAUCGACAAAGUAGAGUUUUUAACAGUCACAAACAACCUCUUUCUAAAGGAAACAAAACCGUCCCACUACGUGACUGUCUUCAUGCGUGCAGUCUUGGCAGAUCCUCACCAAGUGCCCCAAAACCUUGAGCCAGGCAAGUGUGAUGGAUGGGAUUGGUAUGACUGGGAUAACCUCCCUAAACCGCUGUUUUGGCCAUUACAGAAAAUGGUGCAAGAGGGCUUUAAUCCCUUUCCGAUUGGCUCCAAUUCAUAGGGAUAUAUUACUAUGUUCUACUUGCUGUUUUCUCUGUGAGAACAGUGUGCAUGUAUUUUACGAGUUGAAUCAAGUUGAGUAUUGUCUGUUCAAAUUUGGUUGAAAAAAAGUAUAUGUAAGCUCAACUUGGCUCGGAUUCGAGACGAGCUACAAAAGAAUGUUCAAGCUUGGCUCGAUAAAAAUUAAUCGUGUUUGAACUCGUUUCGAGCU